AUGGCUUCUUCCAAGAACGUCGUUUUCGAUAUCGUCGGAACCCUUGUAAGCUAUGAAUAUCUUUACGACGCAAUUGACCGCCGUCUAGGCGACCGACUACGCGCAGAAGGUAUCAAGCCAUAUAUGCUCGGUCAAAUGUGGAUGGAAACAUCUGAGCGAGAGUAUACCAACCUCAGCAUAUCCGGUCGAUACGCAGUAUAUGGCGAUGUCUUUGAGGCCCUGUUCUAUCGAAUUCUUUGGAUGAGUGGGAUUCAAGAGCCAAGGGAAUUUGCUUCGCCAGAGGAUCUCGAGUACAUAAUGAGCGAAUACACCGGUCUCACCAUGCGCCCCGGUGCCGUGGAAUGUGUGAAGAAGCUGCGUGAUGCGGGAUUCACCGUUUGGGCGUUUACUGCUGGUGAUCUCCGUCGUGUUGGUGGGUACUUUGCGAAAGCGGGUAUUGAGAUGCCGACUGAGCAUUUGCUAUCCUGCGAUACUGCUGGAGUUGGCAAGCCAGACCUCGACGCCUAUAGACCUUUACUGGGCAAGUUGAUGGAUGAAAAUGAGGGCAAGAAGCCUUGGUUUGCUGCUGCUCAUAUGUGGGACGUUUCUGCUGCUCGUAGAACAGGAUUCAAGGGCGCAUACUGCACUGUGCUGGAGAAAGAGCCGUUGACACAGCUAUUUGGGGAAAUGGAUGUGAUUGAUGAUACUUUGCCGGGAAUGGCCGACAAGAUUAUUGCUAGUCAGGCCGCAUGA